UCUCUCUCUUCUUUCUCUCUCUUCCGAUCUGUCACCAUUGAUGAAUGGACAUACCUUUUCGCUUUCUCACUUUCUUCAUUGGAUCAAUCUCAGACCACUAGGGUUUCAUUCAGUUUCAAUUUUCAAAGGGUUAAGUUUGUGUGAGAGAUGAGUUUUCAGGAUCUUGAAGCGGGUCGACCGCUGAAUUCAAGACGUGAUCUUAUUAAUUCGAAGCAGGAUCCUACACAGGCUGUUGGUUCAGGUAUUUUCCAGAUUAAUACAGCCGUUUCCACGUUUCAAAGGCUUGUUAAUACGCUUGGUACACCUAAGGAUACUCCUGAGCUUCGAGAUAAACUACGCAAGACAAGACUACAUAUUGGUCAAUUGGUAAAGGAUACUUCAGCUAAGCUUAAGCAAGCUAAUGAAACGGAUCAUCACAGUAAUGUUAGUGCCAGCAAAAAAAUUACAGAUGCUAAGCUUGCAAAAGAUUUUCAAGCUGUUCUGCAAGAGUUCCAAAAGGCUCAGCGGCUUGCAGCUGAAAGGGAGACGUCAUAUACUCCUUUCGUCCCUCAAGCAGCUAAUCCUUCAAGCUACACUGCAAGUGAAAGUGAUGUAAGUGCGGAUAAGGCCCCUGAGCAGCGUGCUCUUCUUGUUGAAUCGAGAAGACAAGAGGUUUUGUUGCUGGAUAAUGAAAUUGCCUUCAAUGAGGCUAUAGUUGAAGAAAGAGACCAAGGCAUACAUGAAAUCCAACAACAAAUUGGUGAAGUGAAUGAGAUUUUUAAAGAUCUAGCAGUGCUGGUUCAUGAUCAAGGAGUUAUGAUUGAUGAUAUUGGCUCCCACAUUGACACAUCCAACGCAGCAUCUGCUCAAGCAAAAUCUCAACUUGCUAAAGCAGCAAAGACUCAAAGAUCAAACUCAUCUUUGGCCUGUUUACUGAUGGUAAUAAUUGGCAUUGUGAUUCUCAUUGUUGUCAUAGUUGUAUUCAUAGCUUGAACAACAAGCUCCUUGUGUUCCGCUCCGCAAUGGGGAAAGUGGUUUCUUUCUAAAAAAAAAUCAGAAUUUUCUUCCAUCAUGAUGGGUUUGAGGUUGCUGAUUCUAGUAUUGCUUUGUGUUUCAAGGCUUGAAAAAAAAAAAAUCAUGGCAGUUAUCACUUUUUAGUUUUCUGCUUUGUUUUGUUUUGGGUGGAUAUAAAACACCCCCUUCUUGUAUUAUUCUAAUGUGGUUUUUUUCUUUUUGAGGGUGUGGAUUGGCUUUUUUCCAAUUUUUUCCACAAAUAAUAGUUGGAAUGGAAGGGUUUGUUUUAUUUUUGAGUGAUGUGUUCUUUUCAUUAUAACAUUAUCAAAGUCUAGUUCCUUUAUUUUGUACUCGACCAAUACUAUUUUCGAAAGUUAACACGA